AUGAACAAACAACGAUCGACUCGAUCAAAUCCCGAAAGUGACAAAGAGAGGCGACUUUCAAUCGAAUUGUCGUAUAUGUUGAGACAUGAUGAGAAAAUGAUUGCAUAUAUUGAUGAGAAUGGAUUUGCACAAAUUGAGACAAUUUUGAGGAGAUUUCAUGGGAAAAUGACGAGAGAAUUGCUGGAAAAAAUUGUUCGCGAAGACAAAAAAGGACGAUAUGAGAUAUGCGGGGAAAUGAUCCGAGCCGUGAAUGGUCACUCAAUUCCCCUGAAAAUCAUCGGCGAUCGUCUCUCCACUCCUCCAUCAAUUCUUUAUCAUUUAACAUCUAAAGAAGCUGUUUCAUCAAUUCUUUCAACAGGAUUAGAUCGAAGAACAAGAAUUUACAUCCAUUUCUCUCCUGAAUACCCACAGAAAACCCCGAAAAGGAAUACUCUUUUGAUAAUCGAUCCACCAAAGGAUUUUGAAUAUUUUCGUACACCAAAUGGCUAUAUUGUAUGCAAAGAGACAAUUCCACCCGAAAAUAUUAAAGUUGAGGAGAUUAAAGUG